CUGACGUCAGAUCCAGUCAUCCGAUCCGUCAUCAUCAGUUUUGAUGCAAAAGGGGAAGUUGGGAGGAACCGAGAGGAAGAUCUGGGAGUGACCGUUUGAGAAGCACCUCUUGACUUCAGUACAGGAGAUUGGGGCUUAGGGUCAUGGCAGGAAGAGGUGGAGCAACAAGACCUAACGGGCCGAACGCCGGCAACAAAAUCUGUCAGUUCAAACUAGUGCUCUUGGGGGAGUCUGCUGUGGGGAAGUCAAGUCUAGUCCUUCGUUUUGUAAAAGGACAGUUUCACGAGUUUCAGGAAAGCACAAUAGGCGCUGCCUUCUUGACUCAGACAGUAUGUUUGGAUGACACAACAGUCAAGUUUGAGAUCUGGGACACAGCCGGCCAGGAACGCUACCACAGUCUGGCCCCAAUGUAUUACAGAGGAGCACAGGCUGCCAUAGUGGUGUAUGACAUUACAAAUGAAGAAUCAUUUGCACGUGCAAAAAACUGGGUGAAAGAGCUUCAGAGACAAGCCAGUCCAAAUAUUGUAAUAGCUUUGGCUGGAAACAAGGCAGACCUUGCCAACAAGAGAGCGCUGGACUUUCAGGAUGCACAGUCAUAUGCAGAUGACAACAGUUUGCUCUUUAUGGAAACAUCGGCAAAGACUUCAAUGAACGUGAAUGAGAUUUUUAUGGCCAUUGCAAAGAAACUACCCAAGAAUGAGCCCCAGCCUGCAGGUGCCAACACAGGACGCAACAGAGGUGUGGAUCUAACAGAAACGGCACAGCCUGCGAAAGGUCCCUGCUGUAGCAACUAAACAGCGAUGGUCCUCACCUCCUAACCAACCGCAUCACAUCUGGACAUGGGGCUCCUCCUUCCAAACCUCGCUCCUUGGAUUAGCUAAAGACUCUGUAUAGCUGUGUUUCUAAUACUUUUUUUUUUUUUUUUUUUUAUUUUUAAGAAAAAAAUGUAAAUCAGCAGUCUACUGGAUGCAUGUAUCACUACAAAUGCUAAAUACACAUUUUAACUUAAUUCAGCAGGAGAACAAACCCGGAUGAAAGCGUGAGAGAGAGAGAGAGAGAGAGAGAGAGAGAGAGAGUGAAAUAUUGAGUGUGUUUGUAUGAGUUUAGUAUGUGGAACUGAUUAUAACCUUAUAACCAGGCCCAGGCGCAAUCUGCAGAUUAAAACAAUGUGUUAAACAAAGCUAUCCUUAGUGGUAACUGUAAGCAUAAUCAAAUUUAGCAAACUAAUAAACCUCAUGAAUGCAUUACAGUUCUGUGGAAAUCUGCAUGCAGAUUUCGUGUAGGCCUGUUUAUGAAUCAAAUUUGAAUCGGAGAAAGAGUUCAAGAAGUUGGUUUCUGGUUGUAGUUUGGAUGCAGUAGCUUCAUAUUCUGGUUAGGCAUUCCUCAAUGCACCCGCUGUGUCCUUAGUACACCACAUAUUGCAGUAUGGCCAUGAUGAUAUUGAAAAUAUUGGGCCUUCAGGAGCAUGACUCAAAGUCAUCCAGCUCUUUGGCAGAAGGGAUCUUACAAAUGGCUUGGCGAAUCGAUAUUGUCUUUCGGGAUAAAGAACAAAUCAAGGAACACAGUUGGUAAAACAUGUUCAGCCUGCUGUAUGAAUGAUGAUUAUUAUUAAUUAGGACUGUAUUGUCAUUUCUGUGUUAUGCUUAUACACUUAUUGCCAGGCCCAGAUGGACUCCUUUCUGGGGUAAAAUCUACUGAACUCCAUUGGUAGCUGUGCAUAUUAAAAAAAAAUGUGCAAAAGUAUUUAUUUAAAAAAACGUAUGGGGAGGUGCAUGCAAGCUUCUUUCAGCCCACAAAAAAAAAUUUCAAGAUCUGAAAAAAUAAAUCUGAGAUGGUCUCAUAAUUCUGACUUUUCUCACAACUGAGUUAGACUCGCAUUACUGAAAAAAGCAUUUAGAAUUUUGACUCUUUGUUGCAAUUCCAAGUUCAUACAGUCAACGUCUGAAGUGGAUCAAAAAGUUGUCAUAAAACAAGAACGCUUUUUGGUUUUAGGUUUUGAUCCACUUCAAAUGUUGCCGACUGUAUUCGCAGUAGUUUCUUUGCAUUCUGACUUUUCUUCCUUUUCACAAUUCUAGCUUCGUUUCCCUCUGAACUGCAAAUUUAUGUCUCGUAAUUACGGGUUGAUAUUUGACAGUUCUGACUUUUCAGAGUCGUCUGAAUUGUUUUUGCAUAGGCAAAAAAAAACAUAUGUGAGCAAAAUUUGCUGUUACCUUUUAUUUUUUUUUUUAUCCCAUGGCGGAGAAGCUUGCAUGUGUAAAAGUGUGAUCAUUUGAGUCGUGCACAAUUCCUAUGUGGGCCUGGUAAUUAUCAAUUUAAAAAACAAACAAAAAAAAAAUCACUUUUCAGACAUGUCCAGGAAUCUUUCUCUGCUAUUUUUUAUGUAAUCUUACUGGAAGUCAUGAGCAAACUGGAAGCGCCUGAUUAUGUCGGUGAUGCAGUGCAGUUUUGUGUUGACACAUGUACUCUGAAGACUAAAGGCGUGUGUUUGUGGGCAGAUUUAAAUGAUACCUGCUGUCAGACAAAAGACUUGGUGAGAGCUUUUGCUUCAAAACAUGAUCUUUCACCGUUUUUGUGGGCAUGUCUGCAUCAUUUAGGUGUGCCUGCCGUGACGGACAGUAUUUUGCACACUGUACAGCCUCUCAUAAAUCCUACUACCAGUUUGAAGUUUCUUUUAACGGAGAAUCAUGUUUAAAUGGUGGUCUUUUUAAUGUACGUAGUGUUAUUAACAAACAAACUUGACAUUUAGUCAGUGGUCUGUCUUGUACCUUCUCUGAAAAUGCUCAAUGUUUUUAUUUCUAAGAACCUAUUGAAUUGCACAAUUUUGAGUUGCUUUUUAUUAUUAUUAUUAUUAUUAUUAUAUAAAUUGUGGCUGCCUGUCGUAUCCAAAAUGAUUUAAUCAUGGAUUACAGUGGACAUAUAACGCUCCUGAAGUACCACAGGUAGCUAGUAAACUUAACUGGCAGACGUUCAAUAAACCAAACAGAUUCAGCGGCGUUAUGCAUUAACACUGAGGGACUGAUACAUUUUUAAUGUCCAGGUACUAGUAUAUUUCCAAUAAAGGGGGUGAAUUGUA